AUGCUGGACGCACAGAAUAACGGUAAAGUGAUGGACUUCACACCAGAUGAAGAUCUGGAGGAGCUUUGUCCUGUCUGUGGAGAUAAAGUAUCCGGAUAUCAUUACGGACUUCUUACCUGUGAAAGCUGUAAGGGCUUUUUCAAAAGGACGGUUCAGAAUAACAAGAGAUACACGUGCACACAGAAUCAGGACUGUGGCAUUGACAAAACCCAGAGAAAGAGAUGUCCUUACUGUCGUUUCCAGAAGUGCCUUAGCGUCGGCAUGAGGCUCGAGGCUGUCCGUGCUGAUCGAAUGAGAGGGGGGAGAAAUAAGUUUGGCCCUAUGUACAAACGUGAUCGUGCCCUAAAACAGCAGAAAAGAGCUUUAAUCAGAGCCAGCGGUUUUAAAAUAGAGCCCAUCCCAACCCUGCUGUCUACCGGUCAGACCGAAUACCCCCUUCCGGGGUCACUCCCAGGGCUCCAUCCUCCUUCUCUCUCAUCUCCGGAGUAUGACUGCCCUCCUCUAUGCCCCCCGGCCCUGGGUAUUGCUCUGCAAAGCUACAGUUCAUUCCCGGCACAGUACCAAUACACAACACCAGUGCACAAUAGAUCCAUUAAAGCAGAAUACACAGACACAUACUCCAGUUCACCUGACUCAUCACUGGGGUACCCGUAUCCUGACGUCUGCAUGCCAGCCUCUCCACAUACCAGCCCUAUGAACCUUGGUGCACCCCCACUCGUGCUAGAACUAGUCGCCUGCGAUCCAGACGAAGAACAGGUUAGGGCAAAGAUCUGUGCCUACCUUCACCAGGAGCAGAGCGGCAGAGGUAAACUGGACAAACCGCGGCCUUUCAGCCUGUUGUGUGUCAUGGCGGAUCAGACACUGUUCUCGAUUGUCGAGUGGGCAAGAAGCUGUGUCUUUUUCAAGCAACUAAAGGUGGGAGAUCAGAUGCGACUGCUGCACAACUGUUGGAGUGAGCUGCUGCUUCUUGAUCAUAUCUGCAGACAGGUGCAUCAUGGGAGAGAGAACAGUCUGCUGCUCAUAACAGGACAGGAGAUUGAGCUGUCAGGAGUGUUUUUGGACGCGGGACUGACUCUGGCUGGUCUAGUACAGCGAGGACAAGAACUGGCCAAAAGACUUCAGCUCUUACAGGUGGACAGAAGGGAGAUGGCCUGCUUGAAGUUUCUCAUUCUCUUUAACCCAAAUGUGAAGCUGUUGGAGAACCAGCAGUUUGUAGAGAACAUCCAGGAGCAGAUCAACAGCGCUCUGAUUGAGUACACGCUCUACUCGUACCCUCAGUGUCUGGACAGGUUCGGUCAGCUCAUACUGCGGCUACCUGAGGUCCGCUCGCUCAGCACGCAGGCUGAGGAUUACCUGUGCUACAAACACCUGUGCGGAGAGGUGCCAUGCAACAAUCUCCUGAUUGAAAUGCUUCAUGCCAAGAGAUCUACUGCGAUGUGAAAGGGACGCGAGCGCACAUGUCUGUUUGAGAGUCUAAGCCAUAUGUGCUAAUUGGAACGUGAACACUUUUUUUCAAAGGCAUUUAUUUCAUACUUUACAUGAAUGUACAGAAUGGUUUCAUUUGUAUAUAUUUUUUUCUUUUUAACAAAGCAUGACAAUCAUAAGGGGAUAGAGAUAUUUUAAUAUUAACCGAUUAUUUGACACACAUGGUCUUUUCUUAAGGCUGUUUUUAUCUAUAUUGUCUUUUAUUCUCUUGAAUAUGAGAAAAUGCUAAAACAGAAUGUCUGCUGUAUCUGUUAUUAUUAAUAUUAUUACUAUUGUUAUUGUUAUUAUUAUUGUUAUUAGUUAUGUUAUUGCUUUUGUGCUUUUGUACAGAUAAUGG